CACUGCACACUCCAAUUCAUCUCAAGAGAAGAGGAAUCAAACACACAGAUAUGAAUUUCUUAAUAUCCAUUGUGGUGCUGGUCUUUUGCUACACACUCAACUACCCAAAUGUGUCUGGAUCAGUACAGGAGGGAAUGGGUAGACCUUUCAUUCUGGAAUCCAUUGAGGAGGCCAAAAGACUUGUAGAUGAUGCUUACCUGUACUCUCGUCAAGAGAGUCUGGCGAGGGUGCGUAAGGACACCUUCAUCAAGCCAUCUGAUAAGCUGCGUCUGAUGAAGCAGCCGUCUCGAAAGACACGAGAGGCUGUGAGAGCUGCAGACUACCUGCAGCAGACCCUGAGAAUCAUCUCUGAGAAGGCACACCACGCACACAAGAGAUCCAUUAAUGCCACAGCACUGAUUACUCCUGAAGAGCUCCAGACUAUUGUGCGCCUGACUGGCUGUGCUGCUCAAGUCCAGCCCCCUUCCUGCAGGACCACGCCCCUUAUCAACAAGUACCGCACCGCCAACAGCGUCUGCAACAACCGGAGGAAUCCACUCCUUGGUGCAGCAAACACACCCUUAUCUAACUGGCUCCCUCCUAUUUAUGAAGAUGGUAUCUCCCAGCCUGUAGGAUGGGACCCAAGCAGACUCUAUAAUGGAGUCAUGCUACCUCUGGUGAGAGAGGUGUCUAACCGCAUCCUGAGCACCGCAGAUGCUGACGUUCAGGGCGACAGUGAGUACACGCACCUGGUCACCUUCUUUGGCCAGUGGAAUGACCACGACCUGUCCUUCACUCCACAUUCACCCAGCAUCCGAUCCUUCAGCAGCGGCAUCAAUUGUGAUGAGAGCUGUGAGCGCUCUGAGCCCUGCUUCCCCAUCCAGUUUCCUCGUGAUGACACACGCCGGCCCAAACCUGCUCCAAACAGCUGCCUUCCCAUGUUCCGUUCUGCACCUGCCUGUGGUUCUGGUAACAAUGCUUUCAUUUUCGGUGGCAUACCCAAAGUAAGGCAGCAGAUCAACUCCCUGACGGCAUUCCUAGAUGUGGGCCAGGUGUAUGGCUCUGAUGAGGGGCUUGCGCGAGAACUCCGUGACCUCUCCAACGACAACGGCCUUUUGCUGGUUAAUGACCGUUUCCAAGACAAUGGCCGAGAUCUGCUGCCCUUUACUAAAGUGGCCAGCAACAUGUGCAGCACACGCAAUCAGAUCCUCAACACCACAAAAAAUCUAGAAGAAGUUCCAUGUUUCGUUGCAGGUGAUGCUCGUGUAGAUGAGAACAUUGCUUUAACUUCAAUACACACUCUGUUUGUGAGAGAACACAACCGUCUGGCCCGUGCCCUGCGCAUACUCAACCCCCAGUGGAGCAGUGAAACACUUUACCAGGAGGCUCGCAAGAUCAUUGGUGCCUAUCACCAGAUCUUGGUGUUUAGAAACUACCUGCGACACAUUGUGGGUCCUGAAGCCAUGCAGAGGCAGCUGGGUCCCUACCCUGGCUAUGACCCCAAUGUUGAUCCAAGCAUUGCAAAUGUUUUUGCCACUGCUGCCUACCGUUUUGCCCAUGUGACCAUUCAGCCUCUCGUCUUCCGUCUGGAUGAAAACUUUAAUAACCAUCCACAGUUCCCCAGCAUCCCUCUCUUUGAGGCCUUCUUUACACCCUGGAGAGUUGUCUUCGAAGGUGGUAUUGAUCCUCUGAUCCGCGGCCUGGUUGGCAAGCCAGCCAAGCUGAAUCAACAGGACCACAUGCUGGUGGAUGCACUGAGGGAGAGGUUGUUUGCUUUCACCAGUCACAUUGCCAUGGACCUGGCAUCCCUUAACAUGCAAAGAAGCCGUGACCACGCCCUGCCAGGUUAUAAUGAAUGGCGGAAGUUCUGCAAGCUCUCCACACCUCAGAACGAAGCUGAGCUGGCCGUGGUGCUGAACAACACCGAUCUGGCAAGCAGACUGAUUACACACUACAAAACUCCUGCCAACAUUGAUGUCUGGUUGGCGGGUGUAGCUGAACCUUUUGUCCCAGGAGGCCGAGUCGGACCUCUCUUCUCCUGUCUCAUUGCAACCCAGUUCCAGAAGAUCCGUCAAGGCGACAGGCUCUGGUGGGAAAAUCGUGGGGUAUUCACCAAAAGUCAGAGGCAGUCAUUAGCCUCCGUGUCACUGGCUCGCAUCAUCUGUGACAACACAGGCGUCAGGAGAGUUCCUGUGGAUCCCUUCCUAUUUAACCCCAACAGAGCUGACUUUGUUGACUGCAACGACAUACCAGAUAUAGACCUCACUCCCUGGAUUGAGGCUGAUCCUGAUGCAGAACCGUUACCAGGACCCACAGGACCUAGAGGACCUGCAGGCGAACAGGGUCCCCCAGGGGCGCCUGGGAUAAGAGGGCCACCUGGACCCCCUGGCCCUGCUGCUAACGUCACAACCCAGCGAUCUGCCUUCUCUAUGCAGCUCGGGACCAUCUCCUCCUCCACCAGCCGAAACAGAGUUAUUUUUUUCCGUGAGACAAUCUUCAACAAUUUGAAUGAAUACAGAACCGAGACAGGCGAGUUCACCUGCAGUGUGCCUGGUGUAUAUGAGUUUGUCUUCUUCUUAACAUCAUCUCGGAGCGUGGGCAUUGUGACACUGCAGCGCAACCGUGCUGUGGUUCUGAGCAGCGUGGCAUCUCAGCAAAGUCCUGGCAGACUGACAUACAGCGGGCAGACAGUCCUGCAGUUAAACACAGGGGACAGUAUAAGGCUGGAGGCCAGUCUGGGUAGCAAUGGCCUUUCUACUGAUAGCUACUUCAAUGGACAUCUGAUUUUUACAUCCUGAAGGGGCCUCUGGUUUAAACUCAAUAUGUAAAUGCAUUUCAUACAUAGACACUCCCCUCAUACCUCAGCACAUAAUCAGCUUAACUAUUGCCAUUCCUGUAUGGCUUUCCUCUGAAGUUUCUACAUCCGCUUUCCUGUUUCCCUGCACUGAUAUAACAAAGCCUCAGCAACAGUCACCACAAAUCACUGUUACAUUUAUAACUGUUUUAUAUUACAAUGUCAAUUUUAUUUUGUGUAUGUGGUAGAAAAAUGUUUGAAGGCUGUUAUGCAAAAAUAAUAAAUUGUGCACAUUUGCUUAAUAGAAUUAAUGCUAUUUUUUUCAGUUGUACAUUUUCCAGGGAUGUGCUUACUUUUAUUUAAUCUUGUUUAUAAUCGCAAGU